AUGCCGCCGAGGUUGAACAUUUGGUCGGCCUGUAGGGCCCUCACUACACGGACCCGGGCGUUUGCCCAAGGCCCCCCGUCCGGCCCGGCCAUGCUGGCGAGGGGACUAGCCGACAACACCACAUCGCGGUUACCGAACAUCAACAACCCCAACGGGCUGCCCCAAUCUAUGGUACCCGAGAGCCAGCCACCCGCCUAUGUCAGCGAGGACAACGAAAAGGCUUUGGACCAAUUGCGCAUGAUCCAGUAUGGCAUCAACCCGCUGGACCCCUCGGUCGAGGGCCACAAGUACGGGCUGCCGGAACUACCAUUGCCCUCGCAGAAGCACGCCAAGCACAGAUACGACUCGGUGAUCUCGCAGGUCACGAGGUUAUUGAUGGAAGACGGCAAACUGGCCAAGGCACAGCGGGACAUGGCCAUCAUCCUACAAUACCUACGCACCUCCCCGCCGCCGCGUCUCGAUCCCGCCCGGCCGCUCCUCCCCGGCGCCCCCCCCGCUUCCCACCUCCCGCUCGACCCGGUCCUCUACCUGGCGCUGGCCAUCGACUCGGUCGCGCCGCUGGUCAAGAUGCGCGGCUUCAAGGGCCUGGCCGGCGGCGGCAAGUCGCUCGAGGUGCCCAUGCCGCUGCGCGAGCGCCAGCGCAGGCGCACGGCCUUCGGUUGGAUUCUGGACGCCGUGAGGAAGAAGAAGUCCAAGGGGAGUGGGCGGACCAUGUUCCCGCACCGCGUGGCCGAGGAGAUUGUGGCGGUUGUGGAGGGGAGGUCGAGUGUCUGGGAUAAGCGCAUUCAGGUCCACAAGGCGGGCACGGGUAACCGUGCGAACUUGAUGCAUGCGGGUGUGAAGGGUAGGCUUUGA